GGCCCUCGCACGGACUCGUGGGAAACGUAGUCUUCCGCCGUAGCGCGUACCGAGGAGCCAUUGUGGAGAGGGCACUUCCGCAUUGCGUCUGCACCAGCGCCUCUGCUCGCAAAGUUGGGCGAUUCUCGGGUCCUGCUCUGCGCUCGGGUCGCGUCUCCGACAUGGAGGUUGGUCCAGGCUGCCGCGCAUCUCUGCAGGAAAUGCUGUCAUUCAGGGAUGUGGCCAUUGAUUUCUCUGCAGAGGAGUGGGAAUGCCUAGGCCCUGCUCAGUGGAGUCUGUACAAGGAUGUGAUGCUGGAGAAUUACAGCAACCUUGUGUUUCUAGGGCUUGCUUUCUCUAAGCCAUACCUGGUCACCUUUCUAGAACAAAGACAAGAGCCUUCAGAUGUGAAGAGACAAGCAGCUGCCAUACAAACAGAUAUAAAACCAUAUAAAUGUAAAGAAUGUGGCAAAGCCUGUGAUUGGGACUCACUCCUUGAAUACCAGAGAAUUCAUCCAGGAGAGAAAGCCUAUAAGUGUGAAGAAUGUGGUAAGGCUUCCGAUUCUUGCUCAGUACUCUCUGAACACCAGAUAAUUGAUAUGGGAGAGAAAGCCUACAAGUGUGAAGAAUGUGGCAAAGCCAUUUGUACUUGCUCAGGACAUUCUAGCUACCAGAGAAUUUGUAUUGGAGAGAACCCCUACAAGUGUGAAGAAUGUGGAAAAGCCUUCCCCACGUAUUCAUGUCUUACUGAGCACGAGGUCGAACACACUGAACAGAAAUUCUACAGCUGUGAGGAAUGUGGGAAACUGUUUUAUUGUCAGUCUCACCUUACAGAGCAUCAAAGAGUUCAUUUCCAAGAGAAUUCCUUUAAGAUUGAAGUAUGUAGCGAGGACUUUUGUUCUCCCAUAGAACUUUCUGACGACCAGAGAUUCUGUAUUGAAGAGAAGCCCUACAAGUAUGAAGAAUGUGUUAAGGCCUUUAGUGCUUGCUCAAUGCUUUCUGAUCACCCGGGAAUUCAUCCAGGAGAGAAAGCCUACAAGUGUGAAGAAUGUGGCAAUGCCUUUUGUGCACUCCAUUCAGUAUCUAAACAGCUGAAAAUUGAUUGUGAAGUGAAGUCCUACAAGUGUGAAGAAUGUGGGAAAGCCUUUCCUAGUCAUCUUUCCCUGAUUCAGCAUAAGAUAGGUCAUACUAGAGAGAAACCUUACCAAUGUGAAGAAUGUGGCAAAAUGUUUUACUGUUCUUCAAACCUUAAGCAACAUCAAAUAACUCAUUCUCAAGAGAAACCCUAUAAGUGUGAAGUAUGUGGCAAGGUCUUUAGAACUUGCUGGCAACUUUCUAAACACCUGAGAAUCCAUUCUGGAGAGAAACCAUACAAGUGUGAAGAAUGUGGCAAAGCCUUUUAUACUCUCUCAUACCUUACUCAUCACAAAUUAGGUCAUACUGGGGAGAAACCUUACAAAUGUGAGGAAUGUGGCAAGACCUUUUACUAUCCUUCAGUCCUUAAGGAACACCAAGCAAUUCAUUCUGGAGAGAAACCAUACAGGUGUGAAGAAUGCGGCAAGGACUUCUGUACGCGCUCAGGACGUUCUAGACACCAGCGAAUUCAUACUGGAGAGAAACCCUACAAAUGUGAGCAAUGUGGAAAGGCCUUUUCUACUCAUUCAUACCUUUCUCAUCACAAGAUAGUUCACACUGGCCAUAAACCCUACAAGUGUGAGGAAUGUGGCAAAAAGUUUUACUAUCCUUCUCGCCUUAAGGAACAUCAAAGAAUUCAUUCUCAAGAGAACCCUUACAAGUGUGAAAUUUGUGGCAAAGCCUUUUAUACUCAUUCAUACUUUACUCAGCACAAAUUAGGUCAUACUGGAGAAAAACCUUACAAAUGUGAGGAAUGUGGCAAGACCUUUUACUAUCCUUCAAUCCUUAGGGAACACCAAGCAAUUCAUUCUGGAAAGAAACCAUACAGGUGUGAAGAAUGUGGCAAGGACUUCUGUACGCGCUCAGGACGUUCUAGACACCAAAGAAUUCAUACUGGAGAGAAACCCCACAAGUGUGAAGAAUGUGGGAAAGUCUUUUCUACUCAUUCAUACCUUACUCAGCAUAAGGUGGUUCACUCUGGAGAGAAACCCUACAAGUGUGAGGAAUGUGGCAAAAAGUUUUACUAUCCUUCUCGCCUUAAGGAACAUCAACGAAUUCAUUCUCAAGAGAACCCUUACAAGUGUGAUAUAUGUGGCAAAGCCUUUUAUACUCACUCAUACCUUACUCAGCACAAGUUAGGUCAUACUGGAGAGAAACCUUACAAAUGUGAGGAAUGUGGCAAGACCUUUUACUAUCCUUCAAUCCUUAGGGAACACCAAGCAAUUCAUUCUGGAAAGAAACCAUACAGGUGUGAAGAAUGCGGCAAGGACUUCUGUACGCGCUCAGGACGUUCUAGACACCAGCGAAUUCAUACUGGAGAGAAACCCUACAAGUGUGAGCAAUGUGGAAAGGCCUUUUCUACUCAUUCAUACCUUUCGCAGCACAAGGUGGUUCACUCUGGAGAGAAACCCUACAAGUGUGAGGAAUGUGGAAAGAUGUUUUACUAUCCUUCUCGCCUUAAGGAACAUCAACGAAUUCAUUCUCAAGAGAAUUCCUACAAGUGUGAAGUGUGUGGCAGUGUCUUUAGUGCUCCCUUAGAACUUGCUACACACCUGAAUAUUCAUUCUGCAGGUGUGUAGGAUGUGGAAAGGUUUUUAACUUAUCCAUUCUUACCUCGACACAAAUUCCUGGAGAGAAAUCUUACCUGUGUAAGGAAUGUGGCAAAAUGUUUUCUAUCCUCCAAACCUUAAACAACACCAACUAACUAGUUCUGGAGGAAAUCACACAAGUGUGAGGACUGUAGGAAAGUCUUUUGUACUCACUUAGAACUUUCUAAACAUCAAAAAAUCAUACUGGUGAGAAAGGCCACAAAUGUGGAAAAGCUUCUGCUAGACUUUUUAACCUUACCCAGCACAAGGUAGUUCAUUCUAUUCAGAAACACUAUGCAUGGGAAAAUGCUGGAAAAUUUUUAGUCUUCAAUCCUUAGAAAAAAGUCACAGUUCAUUCUCAAGAGAGACCCUGCAAGUGUGAGGGGUGUAUCAAAGCCUUUGGUUAUUGUUCAAACCUUAUCCAACUCAAAUGAAUCCAUCGCAGAGAGAAACCAAACCCUUGUGAAGGAUGUGGCAAGUGCUUUACUAAUAAUUCAACACUUUCUAACCUCCAUAAAAGUUAUACUGGGGAGAAACACUACAAAUGGGAAUGCAUUGACAAGCCUUUUAAAGGCUCUUUAUCAGUUAACACAAAAGUGGUGGUACAGAAGAGUGUUCACACAGUAGAGCAUAUAAUGAAGGUUUCAUUUGUCAGUCAACUCUUGCUGAACAUCAGAGAAUUCACACUUGGGAGAAUCUCUAAACAAUAUACGGAAUAUAGGCAGGUGUUUAGUUAUAAUUUGCCACUGCAUAAAAAGAAUGUGGCAUGGCCUUUAGCUGUUUUUCAUACUUUAAUUAUCCUCAGAGACUUCAUACUGGAGAGAAACUACACAUAUAAAUAAUGUGUCAAACCCUUUAAUAAUAUUUCAAAUCUCAGUCAACACCAAAGAAUUCAGUAAGCUUCACUGUUCAACUUCACACCUUCUCAUUUUCUAAGGGAGUCUCAGCUGUGUGGUUGCCUGGAUCUGACUGGCUUACAGAUGUGGCUAUGGGACCCUGGAUGCUGAUUAAUUCCCAGUCCCACCCCUGGGCAGAUAGUCCUCGGUGAAUGAGAAUUCUGGCCAAGCAGAAAUCAGAGGGAGCAAGCCAGUAAGCAGAAUACUUUAGUUCCUGCCUCAAGAUUUCUCCCUUGAGCUCUUGCCCUGGCUAAAUUGGUUUUCUAAUUACUAAACUGGAGUAAACCCUUUCCUCUCCUAAGUUGUGUCUUAGUCAUGGCAUUUAUCACAGCAACAGACAUCAAAGUCAGACAGCAGUGGACAUGGAAAGUCUUUUCAAUUAUAUACCUUAAUUAUCAUCAGUCUUCAUACUGGAGAGAAUGUCACAACAUCUUUUAGAGUGGAGAAUCAGAGCCCUAGCCUCAGCUAAGAACACCUGAGUCCUAUAGCAGAGACUUCCCUUUGCUGUAAUCUACAAACCUGUUCUUUUAGACAAUGUUUUCAGGGUGCAUCAAUUGAUCUGUAACUACAAAUGUUUCCUGAAAUUGUUACCAUGUUAUCCGUCUGUACCUGGGUAACCUGAAUCGAUUCUUGAGCCAUGAUCUCUAUGGCGGAUUUCUCCCUUGGGAUCCCCCAAUUGUUAGUAACUCUUCCCCUUUGGUCUGUAAGAAAACCCAAUAAAUUCACUUUUCUCAUCAAUUUGGGCUGUGGUGAAAUCCUAGGAUCAUUUGUUGUUGGGUCCCUUUGUAGUGACUAGGUAUUUGUUUGUGGCUAGAGAUAGGUAACAUGUCAUUCAUAUAUGGCUCCAAAAUAAACAAUGUCUCAUUCCCUUUCA